GAAAACACAGGAUGUAUUGACGACGAAUGCUGUAAGCGCUGUCAUAUUUCUUAUUUCCUUGCAGCAUAUAUAUUGCACAGUUUUAAACUAGCUCCAGUCUGUGGCCUCAGUGCAAGAUGCUUGUUGUAAUUUUGACCGUUUUGACUCUGGUUCAGUUUGGAGAAGGGAAAAAAUGUCCUGCCGAAUGCACAUGCUUUACGGUGGCGCGCAAAAUGGAAGUAACAUGCUUCAAGAUGAGGUCUUUCCCAUCCAUGGACAGUUUCCCGGAAAAUACAAGUACACUGAAUAUAUAUGACUCCUCGUUCUCAAACAUACCCGAAGGCGAGCUGAAUAAAUUGAAGAACCUAUCAUUCAUACGCUUGAACAACAACAUGAUUACUCACAUACAAGAUGGGGCCUUUGAUGGCCUUAAAGAUCUUUUCGAAAUAAACCUGGAUCACAACAAACUGGAGACCUUUCCUAUUUUCAAAACCAGGUCACCGUUGAAGAGGCUUUAUCUCAACCACAAUAACAUCAAAGCAUUGUCGCGAGUGUCUCUAAACAAUCUACCGGAGCUGACCCGAUUAAGAUUAGACGAGUCAAGCAUCACAGAGAUACCUGCGUUUAUAUUCAGUAACAACAAAAAGCUAGAAAAUUUGACUAUACAGAACUCACCUUUGAAAAAAAUUGACGACGAUGCAUUUAAAGGUUCAAACCUUCAAGAACUGUUCUUACAAGGUACAAAAAUCACAUCGCUACCUGCAACAGGACUUGAUCAAUUAAAGAAAUUGCACCUGGAGAAUGUUGAGGAUUUCUGGUCGAUUCCAGCCGGUCUGAAAAGCAUCACAGAGGUGUAUUUGAGUAAAUACAACUCUUUUUUGUGUUGUGCCUUCGAUCUGGGUACAUACCAGCGCAAUAUGGGACGACAAAUUAGCGACGGGUGGUGGACCUCCUCACCUAAACAUUUUACAUCAGCUGCUUACAAAAGCACAGCGACGGAACCCACGACAAAUACUGAUGAAUCCUCUACGUUAGCGUCUGUUGCGUCAGGAUCUUUUAGAUCUACAACAUACACGCCAACUCACAGCCCGAGCCAACACCGAAAUUCGUCGACCACUCCUUUUAACCCAUGGGGAAGAAGAAAACGUCGUGACUGGGGAGGAUGGGGGACACAAGCCCCCACGGCUAACCAUACAAAUGGUAGUUAUACCUCACAGAUAACUACGUCUGGUUCCAGCGGCGGGGGUUUGGUUACUCCCCACGAUGGUUUUCUACCCGUAACAGCUUCUCUUCGUCCCACACUCCAUCAUGAAAACACUACAAACAGAAGUGUAAUAACAGAACCACCCCUUUCAACUGUGACUUGCUUGCCCGAAAGAGACGCAUACCACCCAUGUGAGGAUAUAAUGGGAGCAAAAUGGCUUACUGUGGUGUCUUUCAUGAUAGGAAGUGUGGCACUAAUUGCAAAUCUUGUCGUCGUCGUUGUCAUGCUCUCAAGUGAUCGUCGUUUGAACGUUCACCGUUUUCUAAUGUGCAACAUGGCCUUUGCGGACUUUUGUUUGGGCCUCUACAUCUUUCUGCUCGUGUGCGUGUCGCUGAACACUUCAGGUGAUUAUUACAACUAUGUCAGGACCUGGCAGUACGGUGCUGGCUGUCACAUCGCGGGCUUCCUUGCUGUGUUCUCCACAGAGCUGUCGGUGUACACUCUCACAGUCAUCACCAUCGAACGAUUUUUUGCCAUCGUGUACGCCAUGGAAGUGAAUACUCGACUUUCACUCCGCAAAGCAGUUAAAGUUAUGAUUGCAGGAUGGGUUCUUGCUCUUCUCCUCGCCAUUUUCCCUCUUGCUGGCGUAAACAGCUAUAGUAGUGUGGCAAUUUGCCUACCCUUUGACUCCCACACGAAAGGAGACUUGGCCUACGUGGGUAUCGUAUUAGUACUAAAUUUUGGGACUUUCUUGGUCAUCGCGGGAUUGUACGCGAAAAUGUUCCAAGUCGUGGUAGGACCCGGUCCAGUUGAUGGGGCCCCGCAGAGGAAUGAUGCAAAAGUUGCCAAGCGGAUGGCUUUGCUUGUUUUUACCGACUUUGUUUGCUGGACCCCCAUUGCAUUGCUGGGCCUUAUAGCAGCUUUUGGCUCACCUCUUAUCGGAGUGGAGGAUUCAAAGUUUCUCCUCGUGUUCUUCUUUCCACUCAAUAGCCUAUGCAAUCCAUUUUUGUACGCCUUUUUCACGAAAGCGUUCAAGCGCGAGUUCUUUGCCCUUCUGAGUCGCUUUGGGUUCUGCCACACGCGGGCUUUACAUUACAAAGGGACGCUGUCGUCGCUUAUCUACUCCCGGUCACGCACCAAGCGCUCCACAAUAGCUGAAGAUGACACGAGAUCGAAGCGAAUCUCACAAGUAUCCGCUAUUUCAGGUACUGAGAUCAAAACAGGAAUUGGUUUCUUUAACGGCAACUGCAAUGUUUACCAAAAUGGCCAUCCUCAGGAUAGCUCACCGGAGUGCAUUCCCAUGAAAGGUGUUCACAACCAGGGCUUCGGCGAUGUAUCACCAGAGAACCCCGGCAACGAUGACGUUUUUUUCAAUACUAUGGCUGGAGCAACACCGACGGCUGACACGUCUCCGAGGUCUCCUUCGCGGAGAUCGCCCGCCGAUUUGGAAUCUCCUGAUUGGUCAAAUCGUAGCACGCCCCAAAUUUCUCGAGCUCCAAGUGUCGGCAGCUUUCAUGCAGUCGAGGGACAGCUGACGGAGAGGAGAAUCAAAAAACAGUCCGUUUCGUUCAAGGAUAUCCCGAAAAUAGACCUUCAAAGCUCAACUGAAACACUGUGAUAGCAAAUGAAACCAUCGGUGUAACAUGACGGACAUGACAGGAUACUCUUUGCAGGCACUGAAUGUCAUUGGUGAUUGUUUAAAGUGAAAUUAGUUGGUUGUUCUUCUUAGACGUGUCGACCUCCAUAUAACCAACCAGCUGUUGUUCAAGAAGUAGGAGGCAUUUGUUCACCCUCUUAUGAUUAUGUGAAAAGCAUACUUGAGAACGGUGACUGCGCUGUUCAGUUCCCAGCCAUUUUGAGGAAGGCGUGAUCGCAGUUUCAAAUCUCAAGUAAACAUUUGAUAAAUUAUUUGUAUAAAUAUGUCGACUAUAUUAAUCGAACUAAAUCUUUAACAUAUUGAAAAAUUUUGUUGGAUUACCGAAGACAUCGUCAAAGACCUUUCUCAAGAACUGGCGCCCGAAAUUUUGAUUCAUGAUUCAGAAAAGUAUACUCAUGAAAAUAAAAUAGUUAGAAUGGUAACUACUUUUAUAGAACACAGAGGGGAGCACUUAAAUCCGGCAGAUCCACUAACGUUAUAUUCAGAUAGUCUCUCGAACGAAUGAUGUCUCCACUAGGCCUUUACGUCCAAACGAAGUUAUAUUUUUUCAGCUGCACUGAACGUUUUGUUGCAGGAAAGUAUUAAGGAUUACGACGGAAAUCAACGAUGCUUACGUGGCGUUGGUUUACACAGCUUUUUUUGUUGUUGUUUUAUUUAGCCGCCAUUUCUUGAGAAGGGUCAAUGAAUAGAACAUAAAUAAUAAUAUAAAAAUCUAAUUGCACUUUUGAAAUUUUGUUGAUUUCACGUGUAUUACGGGCAGUCGCUCUGACUGAAACGUUUUUGCCCAGUUCCUAUGGUUCCCAGACCUUCACGGACACAUUGGUGGGUGGCACGCUGAGGAACUUAACAAUAUCUUCAUAUAAAUAAAAAGAAAAUGGGGGGAAAAAAAAAGGGCUGUGCGCAGUCCUCGCUCGGCCUUUCUAGAGUCUGCUAGUGGUCUCAUUAUGAUGUAAUAAUACGAUACAACUCACAUUGAGGUAAAAAGUUUAACGACUGCGUUAAUGAUGUUAAAAAUGUAUGGCCUUGGUCAUAUUCUGUUAUGAAUACAAUAUGUAUAAGGAAAUGAAGCUCCAGGGUGUGAGCCUGAU